UUGCAUAGUCGUUCCUCUCCCCCUCUCUUUUCCCUCCACUGCAUCCGGACCCUCAGCAGUAAACGAGUGCAGACAGAGAAAAAGAAAGGCAUCCAUGAUGAUGUACCCAAAACUUUACCUACGGCUCUUUACUUUCCUGGCAUUAAUAGCUCUACUGGCUCUCUCAGAUGUAUCCAGCCAGAGCACUCUGCACAAAAUUCUGAAGAAGAGAGAAGUGGACGGUGAGGUGAAGGUAGCAGCGGCUGUCGCAGUUCCUCCGUCUAAGGCCAAGCAGUUUUUGGCUUCUCUCCGAAGGCCUAAGAGGAACCUCUGGGACCGUAGCCGUCCUGAUGUGCAACAGUGGAUCCAGCAGUUCAUGUAUAUGGGUUAUGACGAGGCGAGACUAGAGACUGACCUGGCUUACUGGAUGGACCAUGCGCGCUCCACAGAUCAGGGACGGCAGCAUCACUAUGAUGAGAACUCUCCCAUGGGUCCUCGCUACUCCACCCAUUACAGACACGGAGCGAACGUCAACUAUGACUACUAUUAGCUUUUCUUUCUCCUCAGGAAUGACCUCAUCAAGGCCAAUAAUGCAAGUAAAUGCAAUUCUGUGGAUGAGCAGAGCCGCUUAUGAUACAGAAAUUUCUCCACGCUACAGAAUCCAUGAGCUACAACAAUAUCUUCUUUUUUUUUUUUCCACAGCAGAAAAAUCAACUUAUGCCCUAUACCACAACAUUACCUAAUAAAUAAAUCCUUACAGGCAGAUAUGUCAAGAAAUGAAUCUUAUGUUGUAACCAAUAUGAUUUGAAUAAUGACAUUUCUCAUGGAUGUCACCUUGUUGCAAUUGUACCUAAUGUGCAACAUUCUGAUUAUCUUGGUCACCUACUAUAAGUCAAUACUAUAAUAGAGCUCAUCUUCCCCUCAAUAAUCAAAAGCAUGCUAGGAUGCAAAACAAUUCGUGUAACUUGUACAUCAUUUCUUAUAAAACGUUUCUUUUUUUUUCAUGCUUAGCGGAACCUAAAUGUAACGAAAAAGUAAAUAAAUCUAGCUUCUGCUCAGAUGCCUGAACUUUAAAGUCCACAGAACUGCAUUUACUUCGCAGUGCAAUGCUUUUAUGUGUUUUCCGCUGUUGUUGUGUGUGCAUGCUUUUCUGCCCAAUGACCAUUCAGUAGUCAGGUGAUAUCAUGUGCAAAAAAAACAACAACAAAUAAACCUGGUUAUCAGCCUUA